AAAAAAAACUAACAUCUCGAUGCUGCAUGAGGCAUUGAAGAUCAUGUAUAUUACUCUACCAAUGGCAUUUAUGUGACCUAUGCUGAGCUGUCUACCAUUCUUCUUCUUCUUCUAACAACAAAUUUCCUUCUUGGUCGUCGAUGGGGGGAAAAUAGCUAUCUAACUGUUACUGUCAGACCUCUCUGCUCCGCCUAGCUCCAAAUUCGAACUCGAUUUUAGUUACCUGAUAUUCAGCUAAUUUCGAGCAUUGGCGAACUUAACCGCCCUACCGUCACCAAGCCUUAUUAUUGUUAUUAUUAUAUUCCCGGAGAUUCUAUAUGCUACCUAAGGUACCAACUCACCGCCUCCGCUGGUUCCGCCGAGCCUCGUAACAGGUACCUAAGAUCGAAGCUUACCUAUAUGGUGGAUUCUUAACCCACCUCGGAUAGACGGCUUAGAGCUCGAAGCCAUUCUUGUUUUUGAGUCGGUAUUACCACGGCCGACUUAUACGACUUGUACGUGUUCAUUACCGAUAUCCUACUUCUAGUAUCUACCGAGUCUUCACCCGCGCAAUCCUUUCGUCUAUAAUAUCGGUAUAUUGGUCGCCUUUGGGGCACGCGAGUAUUCGACAUGGCUACGCCCAAUUCGGGCACUCCUGGGGAGGGAAAUAAGGGCAGUAAGCCGAGCUUCGUGCCGCUGGUAACGGUCGUGGAUUUCCAUCACCACAGAGGCCCCGAAGUCGAGAGAUGGUUUGGUGUAGAAGAAGGCCAGGACCCGGCAGUCGAGUAUGACUGGCCAUUGCUCCCGUUUAUGGCUCUAAGCGAUGGGGCUCACGCGUCGACCGAAGACUUCUCGUACUUCACCCUCUUACGACCCGCGAAAGACGACUCUCCUGCGACCUCGCUCUUUGGAAUAGCUUGCACGAGACAAUUGGACGCCUCGCAAUUGCUGGUUCGACCCUCUGAUGUAACGCGCUCGACGGUACAGAAGGCAGUUGUGGUAAUAGCAGAUAGCCCUCAGUUCUUUGGCAUGCUAAGGGAAAGAUUGUCUGUUGUUACCAGCGCGUGGUUUGCCCAGCGUGAAUUCAGCGAUACCGAGAUCCUGCGGAGGUUUCAGGAGAGCCUGGCCGACGAAAAGGCGCGCGGCCAGUUGAACGAGGAGGUAGACAGGGAUCAAUACCUAGGAAUGAGUCUGCGGGAACUCGUAAGGGAAUUCCGCUGGCAGACAUUAGUACUAUUAAAAUGCUGUCUCUUACAACCCAAGAUGCUCUUCUUCGGCUCGAGGUGCGAGCGCCUGUGCAUGAUGCAGUUCUCCCUGAUAUCUUUAAUCCCGGGUUUGCUUAGGAAUCUCCAAGAUUCUGCUGGGCCGGACCUAAAUAAUUAUGAGAAGAAUUUAACGCAGCCGACGAGUUUGAGAACUAGUGAUCGAAACUCGUUGCUUUCAUACAUGGGACUUCCAUUGCAAAUAUUCGGCAAGGGGAGCCUGUUCGGGCCGUACACACCCUUACAGCAGUUAGACAUCCUUGCAGACUUCGGCACGAAAUCAUAUAUAGUGGGCAGCACAAACUCAUUAUUGUUGCAGCAAAGGGACCGGUAUAGCGACAUACUAAUCAAUCUCGACGAGAACACGAUCAAUAUUACUUCUACAUCACUCCGAACUGCGUUAGUACUCUCCCACUCCGACAGAAGAUGGAUCGACUUCCUCACACAAGAGGUAAACGAUACAUGGGAUGAAUCCAAUCCAGGCCGCCCCAAGACGAUGGGGUAUCGUGGUAGUGAGGAAUUCAUCCGUCUCCAAUUUGAAGAGUACCUCCUAUCUCUCAUCUCCUCCGUCAAAUACCAUAAUUACCUUGCUAAAAACGCACACAAUCCUAAGGCGACUCUUCCGCACAUUGACGGAGACCCCUCUGUAGAUUUUGGCACCGAGUGGGUGGAAUAUUGGAUGAGAACCGAAAAUUACCGGAUAUGGGAGUCACAUACUGAUUCGCACUUAUUCGACAUCGUAGAGCCGAGGCACCCUUGUGCUGGCGGGCUUACAAUUGAUGACGUCCAACGUCGGAUUCAGCAGCAGGUGCAGGACUUACAUUUAGACGAAAGGUUCGCAGUCGGCAAGGAAGUACUAGGCAGGAAUUUGACAGCGGGACGCGAUAAAGCAAGUACCAUAUUCAACAAGCUGUAUGCCGAUAUGGAAGCUCUCCGCGAGGCGCAAAGGAAGCGCGCAGAAGAAUCCCAAGCGGCUCAGGCCGCGGCAGAAAAGAACGGAGCCGCGACAAAUAAUGCGGAUUCGACGAAGGCUCAAGGCACGGGAACUUCUGUUGGCGCGAGGGCCGGCGCUUACAUUGGAAGCUGGACUUCGUGGGCAGAGCAGAAGCGGAAACAAGGAUGGGGCCGAUCGAGUAAUACUUCUAACGGAACUAGCGGAGGUGGUGGUGGCGGCGGCGGUGUUGGUUGGGGAUUUGGUAGUCGCAAAUCAAGGUCUGGUAACACGGAUUCCGGCAGCGAGAAGAACACGCCUCUGAGCAGCCCUGCGCUUUCUUCGCGUGGAUUCAGCAGCAUGGAGAAAAUCCAAAUGUCGGACGUCCAGCAUCGAGCUAGCGAGGGCCAUGAUAGACGGCCGCUUACAGGGGACAGCUUCGGCGAGAGCGUGCUCGAUGCCGCGGGUUCGACCGACGAGAGCAGGUCUUCCAGUCCGUUCAGUCAGCGGAAAGGUGCUGGUCCCGAACGCAACGGUGGUGGUGGAAAUCAAUACGCGAAACUAAUUAGCGAGGAGCAUAGUGAUGAUGAUUAUGAUGAUGACGAUGUCAACGGCGAUAAGGAAAAGGGAGCUACUGAAGAGAAGAAGAAGGAAAACGGCACGAAACAGGACGACAUCAAACCGGAAGAUACAAAAGUAGCCAAAACUACGACGUAGUACCGAAUUAGCUCAUGGAAUAAAUUCAUGCACGACCAAGUCUGCGGUGAAAGGGGUCUUGGACGAGAUGCUGAGUAACUACCUGAACCGGAUGGCGAAUUUACAUUCUACAAGUCGCCGAGCAGAAGGUGGGAGCCAUAACUGGACAAGAUGCCAGGGGUUGGGGGACAUCAAUACAUCAAUCAACUGUAAAGCUUUAAGGCCUUAUUAUACUAUACUGUACCGUGGCUAGCAUAAGCUGGAAAGAGAGGUUUAGGGUACCUUGUAUAUAGAGAGAGGAAGACAGGGAGGGGGAGGGAGGGAGAGCAUAAGGGGGUUGGUUAUAAGAGAUGGUGAACCCAGCCACCCUUUAGGUACUUAUUGUCAUCCUCUUGGAUACAUACAUACAUCAAGGCAGAGAGAAAUAAGACCAAAUAUCCCCCACCUUGCUCAACAGGCAAGAGAAAUGAAUGAAUGGACAACGGAAGUAGAAGCUCCAAGUCAACUAACUACAUACCUAAGGUUAGCUGGGAACAUAUGACGACUUUCUCUGCUGCUAUGAAGUGCUACAAUUAAGGAACCGGUAUUAACAAGAGAAACUGCCGGCUACAUCGGCACCGCUUUUGGUUGCGUGUUGAGUAUACCCCAUGUUAGGAGG